UUUAACCGUCCGUCCUGCUGUCUGAGUAUCGUAUCGCUGUUUUUCGGAAAAAAAAGUUUGAUUGAACUAGCUGGUAAGCUGCGAAGCAACUAAACAUCAUCUCUACAUCAAACAUGGCUGCUACGCAGGAUAACAUGACCUGUGUGGUCUGUACAGAAGUUUACACAUCACCGAGGUUUCUGCCCUGUCAUCACACCUUCUGUCUAGAGUGUCUAGAGGAGCUGGCAAAGAGACAUGGAAACACCAUCCCGUGUCCUACCUGUAGAGCUCCUGCUACUGUACCGCCAGGUGGUGUGUGUGAUCUACAAGUCAACUUCUACUUCACUGAGGAAGCUCUGGAGCAGGCACGUAGUGAGAAAAGACAAUCCAUGUGUCCUGUACACACUAAGGAGGUGGCCAUAUUUCAUUGCACACAGUGUUACCAAGUCAUCUGUCUCAAAUGUAAACUGACAAAACACGAGAGACACACUACCGAAGAACUGUCAGACACCAUCGCUCGUUGUAAGAAAAGGAUUGAAAAUAAACUUCGUACUUUUGCACUCGCCAUUCAAAGCUUAAAACACAAGCUGGAAACUUGCAAGCAAAACGAGAAGCGAGUCCAAGAAAAGCGAACUGCAGUAACGGAACAGAUUCAAGUCCGUUAUGACGUCAUUGUGGCCAUGGCAGGAAAAUAUCGCGAUGAAGCGCUGCAAGAACUUCAGACAACUUUUGAUGAUGUGGAGAAAGAUCUGACCGCUGAUACAAAACAAGUAGAAGACGAGCUUUCUUCUCUUCUCCAAUUUCAAGAGCGCGCUCAACGGACUCUGAGCUCAGCCUGUGACACGGAGGUUCUGCAGUUGAAGAGAGAGAUGAGACGUAGAAAAAUAAGUUACUUGCCUCCGAGAGACCGUAAAUCUGUGUUAUCUGACCAGACUUACCUCCCUGUACUCCAUGGUGACUUCUAUAACUACAUUGAGGACCACUACAUGAAGACAUUUAUUGGCUCACCAGUUAAACAGAGUUUUUCAAAUAAGAAAACCGUAGACAUCGUUCGAUUGUGUAGAUGUGGCGAUGGAGGAUGUCGGGAAGUGCAUGCUUUGAGGCAGCAGGAGAAUGGAAAUAUCGAUGUAUUUUAUGGGGGAACUGGAGGCGACUACACUAAAGAGAAACACGUGAGUUUUAACUCUGACGGUUCCAGAGGAACUGAAACAGAAUACGGACAUCGGAUAUCAUGCGUUACACGUAAGACUAACUACUGGUCAUGGGAAGAUUCAACAACAUCUUGUAACCUUGGUUCUAAGAAUACCAGUAUGCAUUCUUUGAUGCAGAACUUCGCGACAGGUGUAUUCCGUAUAUGCUCAAUGAAGUGGGAACAAACAAACGAAAAACAAAGCUGUGUUACAGAUACUACACUGAUUUACCCAAAGGUACACAAAGCACACAACUUUGAUUUAAACGAGCAAGGCACUUUCUUUGCUGUAGUAGAUGAAGAGGAAGAUAAGAAUUCAACUGAGAAAUCAGUGAAGACAAACAACAAUAAAGCUAACAGCCGGGUUUCCCGUGUUGUACGUCUGUAUUCUAACAAAUCUGACCACCCUAUAGCGACCUACAAGAAAAAUAAUAUGUUUCCCACGGACGUCCUCUUUCGUGGCGAAGAUUUGUUACUGAUCGCUGACUGGAUGAACGACUGUGUGCACGUGACACAAAUAUCAGACUUUGACAUCGAGUUUGUCGGUUACCUUCCUGGCAGUGGUGACAUCGUGCGGCCCACAGCUCUGAACCUUGACCUUAACGGUCAGGUGCUGAUUGGAUGUGGGGAUGGAUGGGUCCUUAGAGUACCUGUCAACCGGAGUUCUUGGGUUCAAAGGCGAUGUGUCAUAUGUUGAGGCAUUCCAUGACUUAAGUCCAUUGUGAAUGGUUUGCGUUGUUUGCAGAUAUCGGUAGAUGUAAGCAAUUUAGCUGAUUACGUGACCGUUCGCAUUAUUCGUGGUUCUGAAAAACUGCUACUUAAACACAAGAAAUGCAGACUGUCAACGUCCGAAUAACUGUCGCUGUGACAUUAGAACAAAGUACACUGUGUACUAAUUAAAACUGUACAGUCCUGUUUCAAUAGCAUUUGGUGUUUUUUACAUUGGCAAGCGAAAAUAACUUGAGUAAUCAUUUUUAUUACAAAUCCAACAUAGCACACAGCAGUUUUUAUGUUAACUUGAAUAAAUUAGACAGGGAAAAAUAUCUACAAAACUACUGUUGUUUGUAUUAUUUCAUUUUUAUUAUGCUGCACAACAUAGUUCUGUCACAAAAGGUUGACAAGCGUUAAUAAGUCAGCACGGCACGGGUGGCAGAGUCGCAACUGUUGAUGGGGAAACAAAGAAUUUUUCUCUAUUUUACAAAGAAGUGAAGACAAUAAUUAUAAUUAACUGUCACCGGCCAGCGCUUCACUUCCCAGGUAGGUGGAGGUCACUGCGUGUAGGGGAGGGGAGGGUUGCAUCUUAUUAGAAAGGUUUUCAUAUUGAAUGGAAUACAAUGUUUUUGUAUUUUAUAAUACAAGUUGUGUUAAUAAUUUCCUUGUAUAAACUGCAGAGGAAUAGGCGAAGUAUUUGAGCCUGAAAUUGCCCAAGCAGCAAC